AAAUAAUCAUGUAUAUUUAAGCAUGGGUCUGUCCACUUAGAAGUAAAAUAAGGGGAAAAAUACAAAAAUUAAAGUCAAAUGAAGUUCAUAAUUUUCGCUUGAAAUUGGAAAAAAGUGGUUAAUGUACCCUAAUUGCAUUAUAUAAAGACACAAUAUCCAGGGGAUACUAUUGAUAGUGUCCACAACACACCUUCGUGUUGGAUUUUCAUUCAUCAACCUUGAGCAGUGCCACAAUGAGACUAAGGGUGGCAAAAGAAAAUCCUUAAUCCUUUUAUUUAAUUAAACUUCGCUUAUAGCCCAAAGACCAGUGGGGUAAAUAGUUUUGCAAUAUAUGACCCAAUCGCUUAAGGGUUUCUGGUGGAUCGAGGGAAAAGUCACGAAUUUAGUCACGUAGUCAGAACAAGUGUGUGGAAAGCUAAGAGAAAAAGUUCAUAAAACUCUGUCAUAUCACUAGAGAGAUGGUGGAAGAAUAAUGAGACAAAUAAAUUUGCGGCUCGAUCCUAUUGAGGGCAAUUAAAGUGUGACUUGUGUGCAUUUUUUAAACACCAACGAUUAACACCAGAGAAAUAAAUUCUCGCUUUUUUUUUGUACAUUCGUGUCUUCAGAUUCUCUUUUGGUACCAAUGCCGAAAUGUUGUCUGGAAUUCCUAACUAAAAAAUCGCAGAUAACCAGUUGAGAGCAAACAAAAUUAAAAUAAUGUAACGUGCGUGUCAAUAAGUGGGCAAAGACUAAUGAAAUCAUCAGUUGGUCAAUAUAAUUAAUUAAUAACCAUCAAGAGUUUGCCAUUUAACUUUAUACUACUGCAAGUAGAGGCCCCUUGAGUAUAUUUGCGUUAAAAAAAACAGGUGAUAAGUAAAUGUUUGAUCCUAUUGUUUUUUCACACGAUUUCGCUAAAACGGCUAAAACUAAGGGUAUAUGCAGACAGUGAAAUGAACAUAUACUUGACAAUUGAAUUUCAUGCUCGAGUGAAUUUCAUAAAUUGAACCACGUGCAACCGGAUCAACGUGCUCCACCAGAGAAGUGUCUACAAUGAAGCAGGAACAAGAUUUUGGGGAUACACAGGGUGCCAUUGAGGCAAACAAUGGGGAAAUUAUUGCACUGCUCGAGUGUGAAAAUUGCGGAGUGGGCAGCUGUAGCAGGGUCAGCAAUCAUGAAGGAGCCACAAUGAUCAAAUCCAAAUCAACACCACAAACACAAUCGGGAGGAGCUGAAGGUGGAGGUGGUGGAGGUACCAAAUCCAGCAAACAAAAGUGUUCAGACGAUGAAUGUGACAUCAUUGGGGAACUUAUAGGAAAAUAUGGAAAAUGGCAAUUCCUCAUGACUAUACUCCUUUCGCUAUUUCAAGUGCCAAACACUUUUCACAUAUCCUCACCUGUUUUUCAGGCUGCUCACAAAAAUUACUGGUGUCAACGACCGGCUCAUUUAAAUCAAACCCCAAUAGAAUUGUGGCGCAAUGUAAGUCAAUCUGAGGAUAAUUGCCACCAAAUUAAUUACAAUUGGAAUGGAAUAUCAUCGAAUGAAGUCACAACUGACUUUAGUCCACCGAACAAUUCAUCCCAAAUCCCAUGUAAAAAUUGGGAAUACGAUUGGAAUGACAAUUUAGGGAAUACGUGGACAUCCCAAUGGGAUUUAGUCUGCGAAAAGGAAUAUCUCAAGAAUGUGGCGGAAAUGUUUUUUCUCCUUGGUGUUGCUACAGGUGGAAUAAUAUCGGGCUAUUUAUCUGACAAAUUUGGGCGGAAAACCAUGCUCUUUAACUCAGCCAUUCUACAAACAAUCUUUGGAAUUGCUCUCUAUUUUGCCGACAGCUUUGAGAUCUAUCUUGCCCUGAGAACCCUCCUUGGUUUGGUCUCAGUGUCUGUAACAUAUGCCGGUUUAAUUUUGGCCAUUGAGUACGUGGAUGGAAAGUGGAGGACAAUAGCUGGGAUGUACAAUCUCUUCCCGCUUCCAAUAUCCUACAUGAUGAUUUCAGGAAUAGCCUAUCUCACGCAAGACUACAAAGUUCUUCAACUCUGUAUUGGACUACCUGGAUUUUUUCUCUGUUUCCUCUGGUUCGUCGUACCAGAAUCCCCAAGGUGGUUACUGUGCAAAGGGCGCAUCGCGGAAGUGAAGGAGGUGAUCAAGGCAGCAGCAAGAUUCAACAAGCGAGAACUCCCACAUAAUUUGGACAAGUUACUGAAGCCACCUGAGGAGGAGGAAGCCAAUGAGGGAUUCAUGGAUCUCUUCCGUUCCCGGUAUUUGCGACUCAUAACAAUUUGCUUCCUAUGCAUCUGGUUUACCAUGAAUCUCGUGUACUACGGACUCAUUCUUAACAUGAACACAUUCGGUGGAAAUGUGUAUUUGAACUCGGCUCUAGCAGGGUUGGUGGAAAUGCCAGCUAUUGCAAUUGCCAUGUACAUCAUUGGAAGAGUGGGAAAGAAGUGGCUUUUCUGCGCUACACUCUUUAGUACUGGAUUGGCAUGCUUGUGCGCUGCGAUAUCAGAGGGAAAUGAGGAUAUUCUCUGGCUCAAGAUUACAUUUGUGAUGAUUGGAAAAUUCACUAUCAGUGCCGGAAACACCAUAAUGCCAGUUUACACGGCUGAACUCUACCCAACCGCAAUCCGAAAUGCAGGAGUUGGAGCGUGCAAUGUGGCAGCUGGUCUGGCCCUAAUUCUAACGCCCUAUUUGGAGAUGUUGAACAAAAUUGAGAAGCAUCUCCUGAUGACACUCCUGACAGCAUGGACCAUUUUUGGUGGGAUUGUGGUGAUUUUCCUCCCUGAAUCUAGAAAACACCCCCAAACCACUGUGAGUGAUGUCGAAGAGGAACGCAAUUAAAAUAAACAUCGUGUAGAAUUUUAUUCUAGCGAUUAGAAAUGGCUGAAACAGAGGUGUUAAACUGCGAAGAAACAGAAAAGUUGAAAAUUUGUUUCAAUUAACAAUUAAUUGGAGAAUAUAUUAUAUGCCCCUCUGCAUUUUCCAUACUCCCGAAUCUCCUCUUCUCUAUGUUAGAUUUCGCAUAAUUGUGUGACAAUAAUUAGAAUAACAUCAAAUUCAACAAAAAGGAGUCGUUGUACGUUUGGCCAUUUAAUUCUUGAAGGCGAAAGAAGCAUUGCCUCAAUUUUAAAUUAAAUGUUAAUCGGAAAAUUAACCGUAAUUACAAGAGUUGAGUCUAUAUAUUCGCACUGCCAUCCUUUUCGAAAUCAAACAGUUUAUGUUGUAAAAUUAUAAUGUAUGUUAAGUGUCGCUAAAAUGUAAGGAAAUUGAAAAGGGAGCAAUGUCUAAUUUCUCACAGACACUUUGACAUCAAUUUAAGUGCUUCUACUUUGCUCCCUCCAUAGUCCUCCCCUUGGAUAAGAAAUCAUCACAUGGUAAUAAUAGAUAAAAUUUGUUAAUUAUGUGAAUCCCUCCAAAAUAUUUGAAUUUACAUAAUGAAUUUCGAAUUUAAGACAAGAUAAUUAAAAGAGAAAUCAGUGGAGAAUAUCACAAAUGCAUCUCUUAACUUUGUGGAAGUUGAUAUAAAAUGAAAUAGAAAUAUAGAAAGAAAUUAAAGAAAAAAUAUCAUAUGUCCUUUGUGAGAUUUGGCUGGUCCAAAUUUAUAAAAAGUAUUGCUAUAAUAAAUGAUAUAUCUAAAUAUAGAAUGAAAACAGAAAGAAAAAAACACUAAUAGAGUCAUUAAAAAAAUAAUUAAUGUUACAGAGUAUUAAAUUAUAUAUUAAUCUAUAAAUAUAGUCUCUAAAAAAACACGUUCGAUAUUAAUAAACUUAUAACCUGUAAUAAUGAGAGAUUAUUGUCAUUCAACCCUGCAAAAUCUCCACUAUUAUCUAAAAAGAAAACUGUAUCAAGGCAUUUUGGAAUAAAAAAAUUAUUAUAGACUUUCAGUGGCUAAGAAGCAGGCAACAAAAAAAAAGCUUUUUAUGUGACAAGAAAAAUAUUAAUUAUAAUAAAUAUAAAGAAACUAUGACAUCGUGAAUUAGGAAGUCAAUUACAAUGUUACUAAGUGUGCAAUUUUUCAUUGUAAAAUUUACAUCUAUUUUUUUAUUAUUUGUUACCACUUGUUGUUAAAUAUUGUGUAAAUAUUAUUUAUUUGUAACGUACUUAUAAGUGGUCAAUUUUAUUAUUGAGUAUGUGUUAAGUGAAGAAAAAUAAAAGUGAGUCGAAGUUGAAUCAAAUUGCAUAUUAUUUUGUACUUACUUGUUGUAAUAUGUUUAUUUUUUAUUUUUUAAAUAACAAUCAGAUGAUAUUUUUUUUGUCUUUGUACGGAAGGAAAGAUAAAUCAAUAUAAAACUAAAUUAAUUAUAUUGUGCACGAAAAGUAAAAUUUUAUGAAUAAAUAUGGAAAUUGCAAAA